AUGAAUAACCACUUUAGAGAGAAACGAUUCCUUUUUCUGUUGUAAAAACGCGAUCAGAGUUAUAGUGGAUUAUUGUUCCGUUUUUUGAAAUGUCAGCUUAUUUCUUGACUUUUUUAACUCUCCUUUCGAUUUCUGAUACUUCGUCAAAAAUUAGUUUUUCCUCUCACGAGGAAAAUAUUGCUCGUAAACUUAUGGACGUUCUAAAUGAGGAAUAUAGUGUCAUCAAACAUCAGGAGGCACUGUUCACUUAUUAUUACAAUGUAGACACCAAUGAAGAAAAUCUUGAAAGAAUGAUUGCAGCUGUAGUAGAUAGUAACCGAUUUUUGGAACGAACAAGACACCGGUUAGCUUCUUUUAACUGGAGAGGAUUUAGGAAUCAAACUCUUAAACUACUCUUCCACAAGAUGAUGCGUAUAGGAAGUGCGAUUUUGGAAGAAGAUGCAUUUUUAUCAUACAUGAGUUUGAUUGUGAAUCUCAAGAAAAGAUAUGUGGAAUUAACUGUCUGCCGUUACGGAAAUUGUAACGAUUGCAAUGUCAGAUUACCAGAAAUCCUAAAUAUUUUCUCAAAAUCGCAAAAUCCAAGCGAACUUCUUCACUAUUGGGUGGCUUGGAGGAACGCAACUGGUCCCCAAUUUCUUGAAGAAUUACAACUUGUUUAUGACAUUAACAAUGAUGUAGCAUCGUUAUUAGAUUUUCCGAAUGCAGCGGAAAUGUGGAUUUCAGAAUAUUCUACGCCUAAUUUCGAGAAAACUAUAAUGAAAUUAUGGUCAGAGAUCAAACCACUUUAUGCUCAAUUACAUGCAUACGUGAGAAGAGAACUGCGCAUAUUUUAUGGAAGUCGAUUGAUAAGUGAGAAUGGCACUAUUCCUGCUCAUUUGUUGGGAAACAUGUGGGCACAAAAAUGGAAUGUGUACAAUUUGGUGAUUCCUUUUCCGUUGAGCAACUUUCCGAACAUAACGACUGCCCUUUUGCAAAAGGAUUACACAAUAGAGAAAAUGACGGAAGAGGCGGAAGACUUUUUUCAAUCAAUGUCUUUCACCAAAUUAAACAGUCGGUUUUGGGAAAAAAGUAUUUUGGAACGUCCAAGUAAAAGAAAUAUGUCUUGUCAAGCAUCUGCUUGGGAUUUGUUUACCGGAAAAGAUUAUCGGUUAAAGAUGUGCCUGAAGGUAACUGGAGCUGAUUUUAUAACACUACAUCACAAUUUAGCUCACGUACAUUACUUCAUGGAAUACAGAAAUCAACCAGUUCCCUUUCGAGACGAACCGAUACCAGGUUUCAAUGAAGCCAUAGCAGAUAUUUUUACUUUGACUAUCAUGAAUCCCAGGCACUUAGAAAAAGUAGGUUUUCUCAAACAUUAUUCGGAUGAUAAACAAACAACAAUCAAUUAUCUUUUUCAACUGGCUCUCCAAAAAAUUGUUGUUCUACCAUACUCGCUUGCCCUUGAUCUUCAUAGGUGGAACAUAUUCAGGGGCCAUUAUGAUCCUGAUAGUCAUAAUUGCGAAUAUUGGAAAUUAGCAGAAAAAUAUCAGGGAAUAAAUCCUCCAGUCGAGCGUGGAAGAGAUGACUAUGAUCCAGCCUCCAUGUUUCAUGUGAUUGCUAAUAAACCCUGUGUCAGCUUUUUUGUGAGUACGAUUCAACAAUUUCAAUUGCUCAAAUCCGUUUGUGUUUUGGCUGAUGAAUAUGAUCCAAAAAAUUUUGCAAAGGGACUUCACAAUUGCGACUUUUCGGGAAACAAGGAAGCCGGACAUCUACUUAAAUACAUUAUGUCACUUGGCAGUUCAGUACCUUGGCAGCGCAUAAUGAAACAUGCAACAAGCGAGACAAAAUUAUCGGCUCAGCCGUUGCUCGAGUUUUUUCAGCCUUUAAUGGAUUAUUUAGAGGAAACUAAUAAAAAUAAUAUGGAGUAUGUUGGUUGGACAGAAAAACAUCAGCUUUGUGGAGGAUCUUCUGUUCAUCCAUAAAUCUGUUUUAUUAAAAAGCGCAUUGCGCCAUUUUCAAUUAAUUCUCGAACCAUAUAGAAUUAACUCGAAACAAUUUAAAACUAUUAUUGUUUUUUUUUUAUAAAAAAAAGUCUGCAAACUCCAGGUUUAUGAGAAAUGCAAGUUUAUCUAAAUAAUAUAUUUGUUAAUAAUAAUU